AUGGUCUCUCCCUCACCCUCUCCGUUUGUGUCUCUGUGUGUGCGGCGUGCAUACAGGUAAUAAGCUGCUCCGCCACUGCGCAACGAUGGAGCUAUCACAACGAUGGAGAUGACGCAAACAGACCCAGCUCUCCGAAAAAGUGUUUCAAGACGAACAUGGCGGCAACUUAACCGAGGUCCAAGAUGACAGUGGCCGCCAGGAGAACAAAUUCCAGGCUUUGCGCCCCAGCACGGGACAGAGAAACCAAUCUGCCUCCAUCGAAAGGGCUCGUUGCUCUCCUUUAAGAGAAUCUGCAGAUCAGGCGGCAGCAAACGAGCAGCAUCAGCACCAAGAGGCUUGCAACAGCUGGUCUCCCCGCGCCCCCUGAACAGACCCGGAGAGGGGCGUGAAGGAGAAAAGGAUAUGCGGUCAAAGAGGACGCCGUUUUCCCCCGGAGAGCCAUGGAGAACCGGGAUGCGGGAGCGCAAAGUUGAAUCUGUGCGGGCACGCUAAUUGGAUCGGAAAAGCGCCGAUUGCUGCGGGCGCGAUAGUGGAGCGCCCUGGACCGGCGGAGGAGGCACGGCACACCCCCACCACCACAGAGGAGAAGCAACCGGAGUCAGUCUCCCAACAAGUCAAUGAGUAUUGUGGCAGAGCAGCCCCCGCGGUGGAGUCGGCCAGGGCAGCACUUUCCUAAAAUAUGACCAGGGGUGCUUGGAUGCGUCGGCAGCAUGACGGAGGUUUAAAAUACUGGUUUGCACCCCGAGAGAACGAGAAGCCGUUUACCGAGCCGGAGCGGGCCCAGAGAUGGCGACUGUCGCUGGCCUCUCUGCUCUUCAUCACCGUCCUACUCUCUGAUCACCUGUGGUUCUGCGCCGAGGCGAAACUGACGCGAACCCGAGACAAGCGGUCGGACGAGGGGCUCGCGAUCACGGACAUGGGCGCGUACCCAAACUCCCUCCAUCGAUACCACAUCCCAACAUCACCUGACCCCCACCGUCUCGCCAGAGAGCAAGAUGUUAUUUUUAUAGGGAAUUCUACCAAACCUCUGUGGCGAAUGGACACCUGUCACCCUGACAGCCUGUCCAAAGACUGCUUCACUUUCACGGACGCAAGGACCGUGUGCCUGGGCCUCUCUGGCGGAGGGGAAGAGGGGACACAGUCGGCGUACGUGAAUCUGAGCGAUUUGUACCUUUCUUUUUGUAAUUCCUACUCACUUUUGGAUUUGUUUUACGGGUUUACGAGUCCGGACCUUAUGAAUUGCUCCCUGGAUAUGGCCAUGGGGGUGGAUCAGCUGGGAUGCAGGGAGUGUGUCCAGGCUUAUCAGCGUCUUGAUCAGCAAGCGGAGGAGAACUACCGGGAGUUUGAGCUACUCGUUCAGAAAUACGAGACGGAUGCAUACUCGGUUAGGACGUGCAUGGAUGAGUGCAAGAUGGUGUAUAAGCCCUGGCUGUGUUCUCAGUACUUCCAGACCACCCAGAUGCACUGCAGCAAGCGAAUCCCCUGUGGCCAGUACUGCCUGGAGGUACAGCAGCGGUGUCCCUUUGUCCUGCCCGACAAUGAUGAUCUCAUUCACGGAGGCAGCCCCAGUUUUAUAUGCACAGGGCUGCUAGAGGACUAUCCUUCAGGUGCAGACCCAGACGCAGAGUGCUGCGACGUGCGGUGGGACUUGAAAGUGGACAACAGUUCCAGGGGGACCCUAAAAAGAACUCACCCUCCGUGCCAGCAUCGGACCUCCCUAAGCUCCUCGGCAGCCUGCAGACUGUGUAACAGCCGGCUCAAACUCUGCCUGCUGGUCCUCAUGCUCCUACACACUGUUGCCAGCCUCACUGCAUCCCACAAUGCAACGGGACUGGGCCUCCCCAACAUCGCGCCACUGGAGGACAGCCCUGCCAACGAGGAGUGACAGAGCUGCCAGGCGGGUGCGGGGUUGUAGGGAAGGGGGAUUCCCUCACCAUGGCAACCAGUGUGGAAAAAUACAGCUACGGUUGUACAAAUAGCUGGAGCUGUGGGCCUGCAGAGGUUCAGCAACAAAAAGAGGAAAUGUGGGAUGCUUUGAGAUGAUAGACGCUUCAGUCAAUCAAAACAAAGAAGUAACUUAGCAGAUUUCCACACACUAAGGGGUUUAAAUAGUCCCUUUGUUAGGAAAUGGGGACAAUGCCACAGCCUUUGUUGAGUGGGAAGGUCAGCUUCCUUGUGCUGACUUUCUCUAACUUUGCUUUUGUACACUGUGUUCCAAUUAUUGGUUUCUGUUGCACUGGCAGACUAUGGAAAAACACAAUCAUUUUCUCUUUCUAAUGUCCAUUAUUUGUCUUUGUUUCUGGGUCCUCCGUACAGGAACAAAAUGCGUCCUUGAAAUAAGACAGAAAAUGUGAAAAAAAUUAUUAGCUGCAAACGUGCGUGUGUUUACAGAUGUGUUAGUCUGUGAGAGAAUGAGUGCAUGUCCUAAAAAUCUACCUAAAAGCUGGAGCAGCUAAUGGUUUUACAGAGAGCCCCACAGAUUUACUCGACUUCACUGCGUCGGUUCGUUGGCUCGAUCCGAUUGGAGUUUCACUGGGUUUCAAUGUGGUUCUGAUGCCCCUGACCUGUAACACUCACGUGCAUUACCUUAUGUAUUCAUCUUUUAGAUAAAACUCAGUAGUAUCAGUAAAAAGGAAACACUUGGCUCAGGAAGUUUUUCUUCAGUGUUGCCAAAGUCUGAUAUAUUUUUUUUAUCUUAUUCUACCCUCUGAGUUCAUUGUGUUAAAAUGUGACAUCAAUAAAGAAAAACUAAAAAUAAAAUUAGCAAGACUGCUUUCAUUGUCAUUUUGGCUCAAUAAAUAAAGCUAAUGAAACAUGUUAUGAAACAAUAAGAAAAAAUAAGUAAUAAGCCAGAAAAAACGGUGGAAGGCUCUGUUGAACACACAAACACAACUAACCUGGUAUAAAUAAGUGUUUGAACAACCUAAAUUACAUCAAUUCAGAUUAGUGGAAAGCAGACUGAUGCGCUAACGGCUAGUCCUAAAGUAGAUUACUGCCAAUAAAAUAAAAAUUGUCACACAAGCUCAGUUUACGAAGCUUUGUUCUGUCAUCUGUUUCAAAUGACAGGAUAUCAAUGCUUCAUUUCAAAGGAAACCAGCAUCAUAGCUAGCUUUUUGUGGAAUUUCCAGUUUAUUUUGAUUGGAAUUUUAUGACUUUUCUAUAAAAAUACAUAUAUAAUGUAAAACAGACAGGGUUCAAAUGAAAUUAAUUAAUAUAACAAUUGUUUUUGGCCUCACAACUUUAAAUUUAAUAUUUAUUUAAGGAAGUACAGAAAAUCAAUCAGCAUGAGGAGUUUUGGCCACAAAGUUAAGCAAAGUACACCAGUAGUGGUUCAGUAGUGCAAAAAAGAAAAUGAAAAAGGAAUUUUAACUUUGCAACAUUUUAUUGAAACACAGGAAAAUGAUUAUUUUAAUGAAUUUGCAAUAUUAAUAGUCUUUAAUUCCCAUGCAGGUUGACAUGGGAAGAAACAAACCUUUUUAUUCCCAUCCUUGGUCCAACCUUCUAACAUAAGAACCACAUCUAAUCCCAACCACCUCCUGUUACAUGCAUACCAUGUAGUAUAUUUUCUCCUUCAAACAUCAUUAUGGUAUUCCAUUAUGUAAAGGGCUUAAUACAAUUUACAGAACAACAUAGUCACCCACAAAGCAAGACGCUCCGAGCUUCUUGCAGCAAAGAGGAUAAUAUUGCUUUCUAUAUUUUUUCACUGUUUUAGUAUUUUUCAGAACCCACAACUUCAGUAUAAAUUAUUUAAAUUAGUUUUAUUUGGAAAUCAGGAGCAGAAACAAAUGUAGAGAAAGAAGGAUGUUAGCCUGAGUCAGCUAGAUAAAUAUGAAGUUGCUGAUUAGUGACAAGAAAGGAAUGGUGCCACCUCAAGGGCUGACCCCCCCCCCCCUUAUUAUUAUUAUUUUUUGUUUCUUAUUUUACUCUGUGUGUUAUUAUUAUUAUUGUUUUUGUUAUUAUUAUUAUUAUUAUCGAGUUUGUGAGAUCAGGUAUCGACACAAUGGGAUGUCCAAUCCAUCAUCUGAUGUCAGAAAUCAUUAUAGCAUAGCCGAAUGGAUCCUGAUUCUUAUUAUGUAUUCACAAAUAUGUCAUAUUGGCCCAUUUUUUCAUUAGCUGUUUAGGAAUUGUCCUUACAAUAAAAUUAUUUAAUAAAACUGAAAGACUCCAUUCACCCAAAGCUGUCUUAGAUUCAUGUCUCCAGUAAAAGGAAGUUGCUGCUAUACCAAUGGCCACCAGUAGAAUGACACAUGUUUAUUUUUCAUAUCAGUGCUGUUGCUAGAGGCAUGAAGGGUCAGAGUUACAUAAAUCAGACAUGGUUGAGCUCCAGGAGGGAAAUUACAAACCCACUGGGUAAAAGGGUGCUGGUGUGUGUGUGUGUGUGUGUGUGUGUGUGUGUGUGUGUGUGUGUGUGUGUGUGUGUGUGUGUGUGUGUGUGUGUGUGUGUGUGUGUGUGUGUGUGUGUGUGUGUGUGUGUGUGUGUGUGUGUGUGUGUGUGUGUGUGUGUGUGUUGCUAACCACUGUUUGUUCUCCAGCCUUAAGUUUAGCUGUGUUGACUUGACCUUGAGGCUGUAGAACAGAUGUUGCCAGCAGAUGUUACUCAAAAUUCCUUCUUCUGUUUACCUGACCCAAACUGCCUGGAAAUAGUUUAUGUACAUCAAAUCUCAACAAAGGAAAACGAAAAUAAAACAAAUAGUGGUAAAAGUGCAAGUACACGGCUAGUUUGUGGAAAUGUUACACCUACUAAUGCAUUGGCUGCAUCUCAUGUUUAUUUCACAAAUCAUCACAAAUCUUAUGUAGGUUGGCUUUUAUGUAUGGGGAAAAUGUAGAGCAACAGCGUUUAGUAACUAGAGGGAAUUUACCACGCCCCCUAGUGGCCAGCUGCUAUAAAUGUGUUAUCACCCCCACAUGAAUGAAUGUAGGCUGAUUAAAAUAAAAACACACCUCAGAUCAUUUCUAAUCCCUGUAACUAAUUCUGACUCUGCUGCCAUUUGAUCAAAUUAAUUUACUAAAGUCUUAAUUGAUUUACUUUUAAGCUGUGCAAAACUGAAUAACUUGGUUUGUAUCCUUAUUUUAGGAUUAUUAUUAUUAUUAUUAUUAUUAUUAUUAUUAUUAUUAUUAUUAUUGUUAUUAUCAUUAUUAUUAUUUCUCUCACCUCUAUAAAUGAUGUUUCAUUAAGAGGGUAAUGUGAGGGAAACUGUAGAUUCUAUCUGCAGCCCUGACUGAGGUUUUGUAGCUGUUUUAGGGUCUGUUACACAGUAAAUUACAGAAAACUAUAUUUGUGUUCAUGUUCAUGAACUUUUAAAUGCCUCUUGUCCCCUGCUCCUGUCCAACACCUCAAAUGUCCACCAGUACCUGCUUUCACUUCCUCUGGCUUUACAUUUGAUCUGUUCUCUAUCCUGUGGAUCUAUGCAGAAGCCCAUUCCUUUUUGUUUUGGUUGGAAAUACAUUCCUUAUUAUGCUGAAUAAUGUCCCUACUUUAAUCAUUUGAGUUGAUCUAAAGCUGUUGAUUUCUUCCUGUUUUUCUUCUUCUCCUGAAUUAUUUUGAGCAUCUGGAAUCACUGAUGUGUCGAGACAGAGUGGUGAAGUUUAACCAAUAGAUCUGUCCUCAGCUUUACAACCUUAUUGUUAAAGGUUGUGAUUGUGUGUGUAUGUGUGUGUGUGUGUGUGUGUGUGUGUGUGUGUGUGUGUGUGUGUGUGUGUGUGUGUGUGUGUGUGUGUGUGUGUGUGUGUGUGUGUGUGUGUGCGUGUGUGUGCGUGCGUGCGUGCGUGCGUGCAUGCGUGUAUGUGUGUGUGUGUGUGUGUGUGUGUUUGUGUGUUUGUGUGAAGAAAACAGGUUUUAUUAUGGACAUGGUUCAAACGCUUAUAGAAGUACCAUUGCGAUUAUGGUUAUUAUUACUAUUAUACUACCAGUAUAUUGUAAUAUUAUAGAUGCUUUAGUUGAAGUAACUUCUUUCAUUUUUUUACAAAGCACUUUGAUGAAAUUAUUUAUAAAAAAAAAAGAGUCUCACAAGUCAUGAUCUUUUGGAAAAGUAUGAAAACUACUGCUACAAUGAGUAAAAAUUGUGUUGAAGAAAAUAAAUACAAA